CUCUGAAACCCCAACCCGACCCCGCCGUGCCCUACAGCCGCCGCCGUGCCGUAGCUUAGAGUCACCGCCGACGCCUCCCCCCCGCCCCCACCCCCCAUAACCCUCACUCGUCUCCACCAUCUCAUCCAGGUUCUGCCUCGUCCCGUCCCUGCUGUCUCCACUACGGCCGCAAUAUCCUGCACAUUGGAUUUUCGAGCCACAAGUGACACCCUGUCGCGAACUUGCUGAGCUAAGAGUCUGAAACAUAGAAUUAUCGAGUCGGCGUGCGGUGUUUGGCAUUGUUCAGUGUUAGCAUAAAUGCGGCUAUCCAUCGGGCAAGUUCAUCGGAAUGUUCUUGCAUUGGCGUCUUCUCGGUCAUGCUUUGUCAUGGGUGACCAUCUUCCGUUCAGAAUGAUGUCGCUGCCACGGGCAGCCGGGUUUCAUCAGACUGCUUGGCGGGGUAGUCAAAUUAUCGAGGAUAAGGGCAGCCCGCUAACUCUAGCUAGCCUGGAAGUCCAAAGCAAAGCUGACUAUGUGAAGAAGAAAAGGGUGCCACGAACUGGAGGCCUGAAGCCAAGCUCAAGAGAUUCUGCCCUCAAUGUGAAACCGAAGAAGGUUUCUUCGCUCAGUCUCAAACCAGCGAAGAGUGCCUUACCAAAGGUACCUGUGGUGAGGAAGAAACUGAAGAUUGACGAGGCUUUAUUUUCUGCAAAAUCAUUUGAAGAGCAUGAUUUGCCGCCUUUGCUUAUUGACCGGCUGAACAAGGAAGGCCUGACUUCUCCAACUGAGGUCCAGUCCGCUGCAAUUCCUACCAUAUCACAAAAGCACGAUGUGGUUAUCCAAUCAUAUACUGGGUCGGGGAAAACACUUGCAUACAUCCUCCCUAUUCUUUCUGAAAUAGGCCCUCUGAAGAGGGCUAGAGAACAGGGUAAUUCAGACAAGAGGUCAGGUAUAGAAGCAGUUAUUGUUGCUCCUUCAAGAGAAUUAGGAAUGCAGAUAGUGCGAGAGGUGGAGAAGAUAUUGGGUCCUGAUGACAAGAGACUUGUCCAGCAGCUUGUUGGUGGUGCUAACCGGUCAAGGCAAGAGGAAGCAUUGAAGAAGAACAAGCCAAUUAUUGUUGUUGGAACACCUGGGCGUAUUGCCGAAAUUUCAGCAGCAGGCAAGCUACAAACUCAUAACUGCCGUUUUCUUGUACUGGAUGAAGUCGACCAGCUUUUAUCAUUUAAUUACCGUGAGGAUAUGCAUAGAAUACUAGAGCAUGUUGGAAGGAAAUCUGGUACUUCAUCUUCUAGUGGCAUCCUUGGGCCACUUGCUAGACGGUCUGACCGUCAGACUAUCUUGGUUUCAGCAACAAUACCAUUUUCAGUUAUUCGUGCAGCAAGGAGCUGGGGCCAUGACCCAGUUCUUGUGAGGGCAAAGAGUGUUGUUCCUCUUGACUCAAUUGCCGCUCCAAGGCCUGUCCUGUCCCAGGGUGAGCCUAACUCUGAUUCUCCAUCUAUGUCCGUUAAUCAAGCUGCCGUCGACAGCUUACCACCUUCACUGGAACAUUACUACUGUACAUCCAAGGCUCAACACAAAGUUGACACUUUAAGGAGAUGCAUCUAUGCUCUUGAAGCACAGACAGUGAUUGCAUUUAUGAACAAUAGCAAGCCACUGAAGGAUGUUGUAUUUAAGUUGGAGGCCCGUGGGAUGAAAGCUACCGAAUUACAUGGAGAUCUUGGGAAGCUUGCUAGGUCAACAGUCUUGAAAAAGUUCAAGGAUGGUGAAUUCAGAGUUCUAGUGACAAAUGAGUUGUCUGCCAGAGGACUGGAUGUGCCAGAAUGCGAUCUUGUGGUUAACCUGGAUCUGCCAACAGAUUCCACACAUUAUGCUCAUAGAGCUGGUCGUACAGGGCGUCUUGGGCGGAAAGGGACUGUGGUCUCCAUAUGUGAAGAAAGCGAGGCAUUUAUUAUGAGAAAAAUGCGCAAGCAAUUAGCUGUGCCCAUCAAGCCAUGCGAAUUCACUGAAGGACAGAUUAACGUUCACAAGGAGGAAGACGUGGAAUAAACUCAGCAUAGUGCCUGUGCAUGACUGCUCAAUCCAGCUAUGCCAUUUUAGUUUCUCAAGUGCUACUAUUCUUCUUAAAAAAAUAGUGCUACUGUUUUUCAUGGGAAGAUAGUCUGAUUGUAUUAUCUUAAAAUGUUGCUGGUUAGUACUUAUUUGCUCAGCUGUAUUUUUCAUUGGAAAAGACCUGUCUUUCCUGGUAGCAUUGCAGUUUUUUCUAAAUGAAGGAUUCGUAUUCAGCACUACUAUCUGUUUUGUUAUGCCCCUCAUAUGGAGCUAUACUGCCAUGUGUAAGAUGACUCAUGUAAUGCUACCUUUAACACUUAAUACAGCCCUUCUAAUUUAUAUUUCAAA